AUUAUAGCUGUCAUUGAAGGGAGAGGCAACGCACAAGGCGAAGUUGGUCUGGCGUGUUACGAUUUGAAUAAUUCUACAUUGGAACUUUACCAAUUUUCUGAUUGCCACACUUACAGCAAAUUGGUCACAAAGUUGAAUAUACUCAAUCCAGCCGAGGUGAUUAUGUCCAACACAGUAUGUGAAAAAGAAAAGCUAUCCAGUUUAAUUCAGCAAAUUUCAAUGCAUUGCAGCACCCUGAAGAUUGUUUCUGUUAACAGGAAAUAUUUCAAUGAUCGGAAAGGUUUUAGAAUUUUCAUAUUCAACCUACUUCAAUUGAGAAAAAAUGCAAAUUUCCUUUUUCAUGCAGCGCAUCUGUAUUAUUGCCUAGCGGCUACAAAUGCCUUGUUCAAAUAUCUUGAAUUUGUUCGGAAUAUCACCUUUGUUCCAUCUUCAAUAAAGGUUGUUUAUAAGACUAAUGAGCACUCAACUAUGAUGGAUAUCACUACUACUAAAAAUUUAGAGCUUAUAAGAAAUGCCAAUGAACAGAAGUCACAUUUGUCGUUGUUUAAUGUUUUGAAUAACGUGAAGACGCAGAUGGGAUCGAAGUUACUUCGUUCCAACAUUCUGGAACCUUCUUGUGACUUACAGACUAUCGUCGAAAGAUUAGACAUGGUGGACGAACUUCUAAACAAUUCAAACAUGUUUUAUAAAAUUAGAAAUGCUCUCGUGUAUUUUUCUAAUAUCAAUCAUAUUUUGAGCUCCAUGGUUCAAAAGUCCAGUGUAGCAUCAUUGAAAGUGGCUGAAAGUAAACUGACAACGUUGAUAAACUUGAAAAAUGCAUUGGAAGCUGUCGAGUUAUUGAAAGAUGCUUUUGAAGACAGUGUGUCCUUGCUAUUCCAAACUUUCCACCGCUUGCUGAGCCAUCGUUGUUAUACAGAUAUGUUAGAAGCCAUUUCAUCAGUAGUUGAAGAUAAUACACAUCUGACGAAAAAUUUAUUUGCAACGAAGGUGCAGAAAGGUUAUGCUAUUAAAGCAGAAGCUAACGGUUUACUUGACAUUUCAAGAAGGACUUAUUCUGAAGCCAUUGAAGACAUAAAUCAGUUAGUUGUUGAACUGCGAGAGAAAUACCAUCUACCAAUAAAGUCUAAUUACAGUCUUCAUAAAGGGUUUUAUUUGAAAAUACCAGUUAAGAAUAUGUCUGCCUGUAGUCUACCAAAUGAAUUUUUAAAAAUUAUGAAGUUCAAGGGAUCGUUUAUUUUUACGACGGAUCAAUUGGUAGGCAGAGAUUUUCACAUUGUUGUAUUUAUCCUAAUCGCCGACAAUGUAUUGGCCGAAGUGAUGAAGAACAUCUCUGGCUUGUACCAGCUGGCCGAAUGUGUCGGCAUAGUAGAUGUGGUAGCUUCUUUUGCUUUCAAUGCAAUAAGAUCCGACCACAUCAGACCGGUUUUUACGGAUACCUUGGCAGUCAAAAACAGCCGUCAUCCCAUACUUGAAAGAAUGCCGCACUGUCACGUUAUCAGCAAUUCAAUUUAUGCUUCGGAAGCAAAUAACUUUGUUAUCAUAUCUGGACCAAACAUGAGUGGCAAGUCGACGUAUUUGAGUCAGAUAGCAAUUUUGCAAAUAAUGGCACAAAUCGGCUCCUAUGUCCCGGCCGAAACAGCUUCGUUUAAACUUUGCAAGCAAAUAUUUUCGAGGAUUGGUUACAAUAAUUACAUCGGAACCAAUUCUUCAAUGUUGUUCAACGAAAUGAAAGAGAUGAAUUACGUCGUUCAGAAUGUCAACAAAUGUUCUAUGAUCAUUAUCGAUGAAUUGUGCAAAGGUACUAGUCUCGAUGAGGGGGUGGCCUUAUUUCUUGCUUUCUGUGAACAUAUUAAAAAUUUUCAAUCCUUUUGUUUCAUUGCGACUCAUCAUGAAAAUGUAAUCCAACUGGAAGAUUAUCAUUCAAAUUUUGAAAAGUAA